AUGCCGCCUUCGAGAAAGAGCAAAUCGCGCCGGACCCAUACGCUGGGAGGCUGCCAGACCUGCCGCCGUCGCCAUGUGAAAUGUGACCAAAUGCGACCAACCUGCUUGACGUGUCGUGCAUUCGGCGUUUCUUGUGAAGGUUAUUCCACGGAGAUCCGAUGGAUGUCCGGCAAGCAUCAGUCACAACAGCAACGGCAAUCAAGUUCCGAAAGUCGAGGUGCAGACAAACCUGCCAGUGGGGGUCAUGGCACGAGACGCCAUCUUUAUACAGAAAAGUCGAGGGCUUCCAUGAGCACGGCGUUGGCCGCGGACCUUGCUUCCGGCACCGUGGAUGCGUUACUCACUGAAGUCGAUACCAAAUCCAAAGAAGUAGAAGGCUCAUCAACUGGAGAUGUCGCGGUUGGGCCUUUUGGGGUUCUUAAGUUCGAUGUUUGUGCCGACAUGAACAAUAAACCCCAGAAUGCUCAGUCGGAGAAGACAAGCCCGCCCCCGGCUAUCAAUAGGCUUCCUUAUGAUGAAGUAUUGGAGCUUGACCCCUUGCUGUCUUCCGUAACUGAUCCCCUCCUGGGGGCGGACGAGUUCCUUCACUGGGCCGAUCUAUUUGGCCUUGGGUUUGAUCUGACCUCUGGGAUAUUAUCCGAUGACUUCAAUCAUGGUGAACUUACUCAUGGUCUAUAUUCCUCCAUGUAUCGGAGUGGGUUGGACGACAUGUCUCAUCAGACACACGAUCAGGACCUAGCAGCAUUUGAAAGAGACGAAGGGCAACGGGGAAUGAGGGCAUUGACACCACAACAGACACCCAUUGAGCUGGUCUCCCCCACGAGCGACAUACUGACAGAUGCUCCUUUCCUGCUAAAGCACUUCCAGGAUAAUGUAAUUGGGCAGAUGAUGACAUUGCCUGUUGGGCAAAAGUCCCCAUGGAAGAUACUAAAUAUUCCAACCGCCGUACUGACUCUUGGAGAUCUUACAUACCUGGGGGGCCACAACCUCAACCACGCUAGGCUGGCCAACUUUUACUCUCUUCUUGCGUGCUCCGCACAUCAUCUGAGCCUAAAUGCCACUAUUGAGUCACCGCACUCUGCCGAACACUGGAAGCAAGUAACGCAUUAUUCGUACCAUAAGGCGAAGGACCAUAUACAGCAGUCGCUGAAGGUAGAGGUGAACGGGCCGAAAAAGGCCAAGUACAAGGACCAGCUAAUGGCUAUAUCCGCGAUGGCAGCCUUUGCAAUUCUUUCCGGACAUCAAAAGGACGCACGUUGUUAUAUGAUCGAUGCCGAGCGUCUCAUGCGUCUCCGUGGUUUAUCCAAACGUGAGAUUUCCCGGAAAGCGCGUGUGUUGCAUCACAUUUACACCUGGAUGCGCAUCGUAGGAGAAAGCACCUAUGUCCUUCACGAUUACAACCCAUCUGCUUCGUUUAUCGAGGCACUCAACCACUGCUUCCAGCCUCGCGAAGACAUCCUGGAGCAAGAUAACAGCCGCCGAAGCGGACUGGACGCGCGAUUAGAUGACUUUCUGCUCCUGCAGCCCCGCCAGUCGGACAGUGAUCUGGAUAUUGACGCUCCCAAAGAGCGCGAAGUAGCCCUUCACGACAUCCACCUGGAAGACUCGCGCCGAUGGGCAGACACUCUUUAUAGCGAGAUCUACGGUAUACCGGAGACAUGGCUUAGCUUAGUGUCACAAACAACCAGGUUAGCCAAUGUCAUGGACACUCUAGUGGCCUCUGGAGGGACAAAGAGAUUCAUGAACUCGGAGGCGUGGGAGGCACUACAACGACGAGCCACCCGUCUUGAGAACAUGAUAUGCUCUUUUAAUUCAGAUAGAAGUAAGGGAAGCAAUUCCGACUCGGCAGGAGGGCCUGCCCGACCACAUACUCACAUGCUCCGGGCAUUAAACACGGCCCUUGUAAUCUUUUUCUACCGUCGCAUUCGCAACGUUCACCCAUCAAUCCUUCAAUCGCACGUCGAUGAAGUCAUAGCAGCUCUGAAAGACUUCGACAUGGCGCUAGCUCAACAUGAAGUUCCUGGUCCAGGCACCGCGUGGCCGGCGUUCAUGGCAGGAUGUGAAGCCACGGCACCAUCUAAGCGCGAUGCUCUCCUGCGAUGGGUCGAAAAGGGAGGAGCGCAAUGUGGCUUUGCAUCUUUUGCCGUCGCGAAGGAUGUGAUGACUGCCGUGUGGAAAGAACAAGACGGAUAUUUCCGCUUUAAUCGCGCUGGAGGCCCGCUACCUACGUGGAUGGACAUAUUGAGGCAGAAAAAGCUUUGGCCAAUGCUUUCAUGA